AUGCACUCCAAGUUUGAGAAAUAUUGGAAUCCUACUGAAGAUGAUCUUCAUAAUGUAGCUAACCGCAAGAGAAAGAAGAAAGAAAUUGCAUUUAGUGUUGUCUUAGUCAUUGCCACUGCCUUGGAUCCAAGAAGGAAGGCUGACUACUUGAAGUUCUUCAUUGAGAAGGUGUUCAGUGAUCCAAGUAAGACUAAUAAUUAUGUGAGGUAUGCCUUGGAAUGGAUGAGAAAGUACUUCACAUUGUAUGAGCAGCGAUGUGCAAGAAGUAGUGUGGACAUGAUGACACGUGCUAAUCAAGCCUCUACUACUGUUGGGUCACCCGUUCUUGGAAAAAGAAAGCUAGAAGUGGAAUUUGCUCAAUACACAACACGACUACGAGUUGCACAGGCACGAAAAUCUGAAAUCGAUACAUAUUUAGAAGAACCACUUGAGGGGGAUAAUGAUGAUUUUGAUAUCCUAACAUGGUGGAAGAGCAGAUCAGACAAGUUUCCUGUAUUGUCAACUAUGGUUCCAGACUUCCUUGCUAUUCCCCUUAGCACAGUUUCAUCGGAAUCUGCUUUUAGUUUAGGAGAAAGAAUUCUUGGAGAACGUAGAAGCUCACUAAUGCCGGAAAUGCUCGAGGCACUUGUAUGUGCUAAAGAUUGGCUAUUCAAGACUGCUGAAGAUCAAGAUCUGGAACAUGCAGGUCUCGAACUUGAAGAGGGCUCUAGCAGUAGCAGCUUUGAUUAG